CAGUCAGUGACGGUCGAGUCGUAUUCUGUUGUUUCGUUUCGUUCCUAUCAUUCGAUUUCGAGCAUUUUCUGGGAUAAGUUCGUGUUGAAUUAGAGCGUCGUGAUAGGAUCGUUGUGGAACAAACGUUUGGGCAACAGGCGACUGAAGAAAUUUUCGCAUUGAGUUGGCGGCGUGCGGAGAAGUGUGAAAAUAGUGACUGGCAGCAGAUCUCGAGUCGUUGCAGUGUGACACGGAGUAAAAUCAGUCGAUUUUAGUACUAGAAGUUCUGUUGGAAGCUUUGAGUGAUACAUGAAACCCUUCGUCGGUUGACGUCAGCAAUUAACACGCGGCGGUGUUUCCAAGGUACAGACCUUCUCGAACCGCGCUUCGUACUUUGAACCAGCAGUUUAUCGUCAACUAACCCGGAUCGUCCAGCAAAGCAAAAAAUAAAAACUGCGGAUUUACAAUGUCAGACUACGAUCUGGACGUGGAUAAUCUAAUACAGCGGCUCCUGGAAGGCAGCCACCGACUGUUCAUACUGUGCGGAACGGAGUGAUACUUUUUCAUGCAUGACGUGACACCUCCUACUACUGAAUGAAAUGCAACGAUCGAUCCGCCGUGCUAGAGAAAUCAGAUGGAUGACAUCAUUAUGACAAGGAUUCUCCAAAUAACUUGGCACACAAACUACAACAGCAACAACAGACACCAGAAACGAGGAAAAAGGGCAAACUGAAAGACAUAUUCUCGUCAGAUUUUAUGGUCCGAGGAAGUCGCCCGGGAAAAGCGGUACCAAUGUCGGAGGAGGAAAUACGGGGCCUGUGUCUGAAGUCACGCGAAAUUUUCCUUCAACAGCCGAUUCUACUCGAACUGGAGGCACCCCUGAAAAUUUGCGGUGACAUCCACGGCCAGUACACAGAUCUGCUGCGGCUCUUCGAGUACGGUGGAUUCCCGCCGGAGGCUAACUAUCUGUUCCUGGGUGACUACGUGGACCGGGGUAAACAGUCACUGGAGACGAUCUGUCUGCUGUUGGCCUACAAAAUCAAAUAUCCAGAGAACUUUUUCUUGCUGCGGGGCAAUCACGAGUGUGCCAGUAUUAAUAGGAUAUACGGAUUUUACGACGAGUGCAAACGAAGGUACAACGUAAAGCUGUGGAAAACCUUCACCGAUUGCUUCAACUGCUUACCGAUUGCGGCCAUCAUCGAUGAGAAAAUUUUCUGUUGCCAUGGUGGAUUGAGCCCGGAUUUGAAUCACAUGGAACAAAUCAGAAGAAUUAUGAGGCCAACGGACGUUCCGGACACUGGACUGCUGUGCGAUCUUCUCUGGAGCGAUCCCGACAAGGAUGUCAAGGGUUGGGGUGAGAAUGAUCGCGGUGUCAGUUUCACCUUCGGUGUCGACGUGGUAUCCAAGUUUCUUGGCAUGCAUGAUUUAGAUUUGAUCUGCAGGGCACAUCAGGUCGUCGAGGAUGGGUACGAAUUUUUCGCAAAACGCUCGCUGGUCACACUCUUUUCGGCGCCCAACUACUGCGGCGAGUUCGACAAUGCCGGUGGAAUGAUGUCGGUGGACGAAAAUCUAAUGUGUUCUUUUCAGAUUCUAAAACCAUCGGAGAAGAAAGCCAAAUAUCAGUACACCGGCACGAACACGCAGCGGCCGCAGACACCCCAGCGAAACCAGAAUCAGCCGGUGCCGGCGAGCAAACGAAAAUAAUAAUUUCUCUCCCUCCUGAAUCGCUAUCUGACCCGACGGCGCGGUGGCGGCAGUGGUGGCGGCGGCGGAAGCAGCAGGAAACAAAAAUCAUUAUCAUCAUCAUCAACAUCAUCGUCAAUAGGAUCGUCCAAUUCGGCGUCAUCGUCAGCAGCGUCUUCGUCAAGAUCAACGUUGAAUCCCUCGGCUGCCGUCCCAGCAGG